ACAGGCCGUCUCUGUUUGCAGCGGUGGAAGAAAAGCUGGUUUGUGCUGUACCCAGCGAGUCCUCAUGGGAUUGCUCGUUUGGAGUUCUUUGACUGCAAGGAGGGGGCUGCUGCAGCUGACCGAAUUGGUACCAAGAGACUAGACAAGAAGAUUGUGCGGCUGGCAGAUUGUGUGAGUGUGGCUCCUGUUUCGGACUGCAGCCCCAAGGAGGGCAUGGCUGCCUUCCGCCUGGAGACCAGUGACCGCGCGUACGUCUUUGCCACUGACCCACAGGAGGCGGCGGACUGGGUAGCUAAGCUUUGCGAGACGGCCUUUCUGACUAACCCUGGGAAAACGACCCUGUCUGGUACAGAGAACGUUGGGGAACGGGACCUGGAAAUGGCCAUGAACUCCAUUUACUACUCAAGAGAAGAAGUGAAUGAAUUCUGGGUCACGGUGCAGAAGACUGAAGCCGCUGAGCGUUGCAAGCUGCAAGGGACAUAUGUGCUGAAGGCCUCUCGGAGCAGUCUCCUCCUCAGAGAGGCCCACUCCAACCUGCCACUCUAUACGUGGCCUUAUCGGCUCCUCCGCAGAUAUGGCAGGGACAAGGUGAUGUUCUCCUUCGAAGCUGGCCGGCGCUGUGAAUCCGGUCCUGGCAACUUCACUUUUGAGACCAAGCAGGGGAACGAGAUCUUCCAUGUUGUGGAGGCGGCCAUUCAGGCUCAGAAGGCCCAGGUGGAAGAGCAUCGGCAGAGCAACAGCUCCCUUGAGAUGGAGGCCCCUGGCGUCUUCUACCUCCAGAAUGCCAUGGCAAAUUCCCUCAGCCUGGAGGGCGAGGGCACUGUUGCUCCUGAGAGACGAGUACCCAGGAGCGCUCCGGCAGCCAAGCCCAGCGUCACUGCGGAGGAGAAGGAACCAGCCAAAGGGCAGAGCCUCUGGGACUCACCUGGCCAGUGGCCGAGCUCCUCUCUCUGGUCCCCCCUCCCCGGGGUGCCUGGCCCUUUGGAGGACACCGCCAACGUCUACUCUGAGCCUCUGGAUGCUGUGAAGGGUGCUCGGCUCAGGCCAGACUCCCUCUAUGCCGACCCGGUCGACAGCCAGCGUGAGGAAGAAGGGCGAGCCCGGGACUCCAGCCUGGUGGAGCAGCAGCCAAGGUCACAGACUGGUGGGGGCCACGGGCUCCCAAGCAGCAAGCUGCACAUCUACGACGAGCCCGAGGGAAGGGCCCCGUGGCCAACUCCCGCUUCGGCUGCCAUCUAUGAUGAGGCACGCCUCCCCCGCGAGGCCUGGCGGACUCAGGGCUUGGAGAGCCAAGCUGGCUAUGAGUUGCCCUGCCUUCCCGGAACCGGCGAUUAUGCCGUCCCCGCCUUCCACCAAAAGGCCGGGCUGAAGCCCCCAAGGCCCAGCCCUGCCCCCAAGCCUCCCCGGGCGCACAAGAAGUCCUCUCAGCUGGAGGCCAGCAAGCCCAGAGCAGCCCCCGCCCUGGGUCUGGAGGGGUGCCGUAACAGCAACAACAGCAACAAUGGUGGAGACCCCAUCUACAGCCGUGUGCUCAAGCCGCCCUCGGCCCCCGACCCUUCAGGACACGAGCAGUCAGUGGACGAGAGCCGGCCAGCUGCUGUGUAUGAAGACCUGGGGGAGAUAUGAAGUGACCUUUGGAGCUGUGCUGGAGCUCGGGGGACCUUUCUUCUGACGACUGCCUGCUCCCGUGCCCCUUCCUCCCAGCCAGGCACUCCCUCAGAAGAGGUGGGCCGAGCCGGAAGCGAUGGGGGGUGUGUGGCCCUCUUGAGCACCGAGGGCAGCCUCUUCCAGGAGGGCCCCCGGCCCAGCCUGAGGAGCACCACAGUGGCUGAGCCGCCGUGUGGGGAGGCCGGUGCUCUGCCCUAGGCCUCCGAAGGCAGGAUGGAGCCCCUGGGGAAUGUGCAGCCGCUGCACUCAGGUGAGGCCUCCUCCUGCCCUCGAGACGCAGCUUCUUUGGGACUGCAGCCUUCUGCAGCGAGUCCAGAAAAAGUCUCCUCAGUGCAUUAUAAACCAUUUAGAAGGUCGCCGCCUCCUGUGGUUGCUGCAGGAGCACAGGG